CAGACUCAGAGGAUCCUUUGGGGUUAUCGCACCUCAUUGUAGCGGGAAGAUACUGUGAACAAGGCCGGCCGGCAGCUGCUGGAUGACAGGGAGAGCGAGAGAGAGGGUAGAGGAGAGGAGAGGAGAGGAGGGAGGGAGGGAUCGAGGGAGGAAGGGAGGGGAUGCGGGGCUUGUUCACAUAAUAGCCGGCGGGUGAAGGCGUGGUGAGUGUGGCUCGAUACGAGGCGGGUGUGUGCGCUACAGUUGUACCGGAGGAUGAGCGCGCACAGCGGCUGCACGGCGGCUCCUCUUUCUGCAGAAAGCAGACAGGGAGAAAGCUGAACAGGGGAGAAAGGAUCGGCUAGCUAUGCAGGGGAAGAUUCUGCCUUAUCGAUAACGACAGCUGGAUAUCAGGGGUGCAAAGAUGACUGAGGGCAGGCUGUGCCAAGUGCUGCUGCUGGAUGACAGAAAGCUGGAGCUGCUGGUUCAGCCCAAGCUGCUGUCGUACGAACUCCUCGACUUGGUUACCUCCCACUUCAACCUCAAAGAGAAGGAAUUCUUUGGACUCGCAUUUUUUGAUGACAAUGGUCAGCGUAAAUGGUUGCAGAUGGACCGCAGGGUUCUUGAACAUGACUUUUCCAAGAAGUCAGGGACCAUUUCUCUUAACUUCCUGGUCAGGUUUUAUGUUGAAAGCAUAACACAGCUUAGGGACAUCAUAACCGUGGAGCUAUUCUUCCUGAACGCAAAAUCUGCUGUCUAUAAUGAGGUUAUAGAGGUGGAAAGCGAUAACGUCUUCAAAUUAGCUGCGAAUGCCUUGCAGGAGGCGAAGGGGGACUACACGAGUGACGACAACACAAGAGCAGACUUGAAGAAACUACCCACUCUUCCCACUAAAGUACUCAAGGAACAUCCAUCACUAGCAUACUGCGAGGAUCGAGUCAUUGAAUGUUACAAAAAGCUGAAAGGAGUCUCACGAGGACAGGCUAUUGUGCAGUAUCUGACGUUAGUGGAAUCCUUGCCCACGUAUGGCGUGCAUUAUUACAAAGUCAAGGACAAACAAGGGAUCCCGUGGUGGCUUGGGCUCAGCUAUAAGGGCAUCGGGCAGUAUGACCUGCAGGACAAAUUAAAGCCUCGAAAGCUGUACCAGUGGAAGCAGCUGGAAAACUUGUACUUUCGGGAGAAGAAGUUUGCUGUGGAAGUUAAUGAUCCACACAGGAGAGCAGUAACCAAACGCACAUUUGGACAGACGGGCCUACUCAUACACACGUGGUAUGCAAGCCAUUCUUUGAUUAAAACCAUUUGGGUCAUGGCUAUUAGCCAACACCAGUUCUACUUGGACAGAAAACAAAGCAAAUCUAAAAUAGGAACAUCAAGAAGUUUGGAGGAACUUGCCAUGGAUCUCACAGAGCACGGAGGAGCAAAGAUUACUAGACUGGGAGAUGGAGGACUGAAGAAUAACUUAAUAACAGCCAGCAAUGGAAGCCUAGUGUCUACAGGCUCUGCAGACUCUGAAAUGAGUGAAGAACAGAAGAAAGAGAAACUCUCAGAGCUGAGGAAAAAAGAGCAAGAGAUCCAAGACAUUCUGACAAAGAAGACAAAAGAACUGAAGAAAAUUUGCCUGAGAGAGGCGGAGCUCACUGGCAAGCUGCCAAAAGAGUAUCCCCUCUCAUCAGGUGAGAGACCGCCACAGGUCCGACGGCGAGUUGGCACCGCUUUCAAGUUAGAUGACCUUUUCCCCUACAAUGAGGAUCCUUUCCUGAGGAACCUGGAGAGCAGGUUCGCCCUGCAGCAAAAGAUUGUGGAGGCGGCCAAGAAGCUGGCGAAUGAAGCAGAGCUGUGCAAAACAGUGAAGAAGAAGAGGAGGAGAAACUGUCUGGAUGCCAUGCACAAACUCCAGCAGAUAGAGGAUGAGAUGAACCAAUAUAGAAUCAAGAAGGGAAAAAAGCCGACACAGCGAGCUUCGGUCAUCAUCGCAGACGAACUCAUCCGCUCAGACUGCAGCUCUCUGUCUAGUCUCCCACUGGAUGAUGAUGACUCAGAUAGUGCAAGUCAGAGGCCACGGUCCCGGUCGGUCCAAGGUUCCCCUCAGCUCAGUCCGAUGCGAUCACUGGGAGCAGACUAUGACGUGGAGAGGCCGGGAUGUCAGCGGGAAAACCACCACAACAAGAACCACAGCAGAUUAGCUUGUGAAGGCCAGGAGGCUUCCCACUGCUACCAAAAUCCAAGAGAGGUUUCCUCCACUCACAGUAGUCCUUAUAAAACCCUUCCCAGACCUCCGAGAGAUCCACGCAGCAUGCCGCCCACCCCGGUUAUGACCCGCAAUGCCUACAGCAGCAGCCAGCUCAGGUCGGAGGGGUCUCCUCAUUGCUUCAGGCACCGCAGCGGGAGUCUGGAGUCCCAGCCCCAUGGAAGAAAAGACACAGACUCAGAGAAGCCCAUCUUUAUCUUGUCUCCGGCCCACCGUAGCAACAGCACUGAGGUGUUGGAGGACUGCUCCUCCUACACCAGUCAGUCCAGCCUGGACUACUGCGGGGCGGCCAACUCCCACUACAGUACACUGGACUCCCGAAACUCCACCAUGCAUCGUAUGCACAGGAAGGUGGAAGUCUAUGGAAAUACUGGGAGUAUGCCCAACUUGGUCCAGCACCAUUCUGGUUGUAAUUACUCCUGUGAGACCCCUGCACACUAUACACCCAGUGCCUACUACGUCUCCGGAUACCCCUGCCCGGACAUGGAGCCUUACGCUAACGGUGCCUACGUGUAUGAGAAUGAUGUAGAAGGCCACUACAACGUCAACCCUUCCUACCAAAUGAAUGGGUAUCAUGGACACGACAGAUUCAGGCAUUACAGCAGUGAUCGGGCAGAUGGUCUUUCUCAGAAUCCCUACGCAACAGUGAGGCCGCCCCGAACCAGAGAGGGGCCCAGAAACGAGCUGCUGGCCAAAAACAUGCAUAAGGCCAUGGUGGCGGAGCAUCUGAAAGGCUGGUACCACAGAAACAAGGGCCACAGGGAAGGAGGGAAGGGGAUGCUGGCUGGAUAUGACUUUGACAACGGCUCUCAGCUCAGCUUGGGUUACCAGACCAUGCCAGCAGGCUUCAGCCACUCCAGCAGGACCACCUCCUUUUCAUCAGUGUCCUCGGUGGAAAGCUCAGGUAACUGGCGCAACCAGCUGGCAGUCGGCCUGACAGAAUACGAUUCACCCGACACACCUCACUACCCACACCCUGGAGCUCAUGCUUCCCCUUACAACCGCAGUCCCACGCACAGAUACCACUUGGAUGGAAGCUACAUGAGUAUCCGCUGAAGAGGACCAAACCAAACUUUGGCAAAAAUUAAAGCCAUGGCCAGCAGCACAUGAAGGGGAUCAAGUUGAAACAUGAGCAGACACAAACUUUUGAGUUCUGGAAGGAUCGACGUGUCCACUGUCCUCAUGCUGAAGUAACCUCUGAACACAGUGAUGACACUCUUGAAUGACUUUUUCCAUGUGCCUUGGAUUGGAUGAAUUGUACAGGCAGAUGAGAAUGUGUCGAGAAACUUUAAGGUGUUGCACAACCACACUGGAAUCAAACCCCUAUUGUGUUUUCAAGAUGUGAAAAAAGGCAACAUGUGUUUUUAACUGGAAUCCAACUCCAUGCAUUUUAACAGGAACUAGCUACUGCCUUAUAAAAACAGUAGGUUAUAGAAUAAAAAUCAUCGUCAGCAAUCUCAUCUCGGUAAAGUAUGAUAAAAUAGAGCAUCAUGAUUGAAAACAAAGUCUAAACAUGUCCGCAAUGUGGCAUGAAGAGAUCAUUCAUUAGAGCAGACUGUGUAUUUGAUGACUUUCCAUUUCUUCCUUUCUUUAUAUUUUGAAUGUACUCUGUCGAUAUUGUUUAUAGAUCCAUUUGUCUUUGUUGGUGCCGUAAUGUGUUUUUAAGAUGCAUGGUAAGAGUUUUGAUUUUUUGAUAAGACCUUCUUUUUAUAUCAGAAGACCACUGCCGUCAGAAGCAUAUUCAUAUCUCACUGUUUUUGUUCUCACACAUUUGUACAGUCAUUGUGUAGUUAUAUGUUAGAUGUUGUCAUAAAAUAUUUUCCACUGGGAACAAGGAUGUGAAUAAAUACAUGUGUGACACAUA